AAAAAAAAAAAAUAAAAGAACGGGGCAGCGUCGAGGAUAAAAGUGUGCAGUCGUUGUAGUCGCUUUUCAUCUCUUUGAGCAUUUGCACAUUACAUUUCCAUUUAACAAUAUGCCGCCAAAAGGAGACAAGAAGGCAGAACGUGCUGCAAAGCGGGCAGAAAGAGCGGCAGGGCGAAAGGCCAAGAAUGGUUCUGUUGAAGAUAUUACGAACGGCGUAGAUACUUUGGCGAUAGACAACAACAGAGUCUCUUCAGGAGUCCUUACUUCGCAAAAGGAUUCUCGGGAUGUCAAGAUCGAGUCAUACUCUCUCAGCUUCUUCUCCCAAGUCCUCAUCAACGAAACCACCAUUGAGCUCAACUUUGGUCGACGAUACGCUUUGAUCGGUCCCAACGGUUCAGGAAAGAGUACUUUCUUACAAUCCUUGGCUGCUCGCGAGGCUCCAAUUCCCGAACACAUUGAUAUCUAUCUGUUGAACGCUGAGUAUCCACCCACAGAGAUGACAGCAUUGAAAGCUGUUAUCGAUGACGCCGAGCAAGAAUUGAAGCGCCUUGAGAAACAAAUGGAGGAUUUGCUGACAGAGGACCCUGAGUCUCCCUUGUUGGACGAUAUAUACGAGCGUAUUGACUCCAUGGAUGCGUCGACUUUUGAAUCCCGAGCUGCCUCCAUUCUUCAUGGUCUUGGGUUUGACGAAAAGCGUAUGAAGGUGGCAACCAAAGAUCUCUCUGGUGGUUGGCGUAUGCGUGUCGCUUUGGCGAGAGCUCUUUUCGUCAAACCUACGAUGCUUCUUUUGGACGAGCCCACCAAUCAUCUCGAUCUUGGGGCAUGUGUAUGGCUUGAAGAAUAUUUGGCUCAGUACAACCGUAUCCUGCUAUUGGUGUCGCACUCGCAAGAUUUCAUGAACGGCGUCUGCACCAACAUUAUUGAAUUGAAUCAUAAAAAGCAGCUGAACUACUACGCGGGUAACUACGAUACGUACGUGAAGACGAAGCAAGAGCUGGAGGUCAAUCAGAUGAAGGCAUACGAAAAGCAGCAAGAAGAAAUCGCACACAUGAAGCAGUUCAUUGCAUCCUGCGGUACCUACGCCAACUUGGUUCGACAAGCCAAGUCGAGACAGAAGAUCUUAGAUAAGAUGGAGGCGGAAGGACUAGUGGAAAAGGUGGAAAAAUCUCGCAACUUCCAGUUCCGUUUCGAAAGUUCUGGGCAGCUACCACCGCCUGUUCUUGCAUUUACCGACAUGAGCUUUGCAUACAGUGGGGACCUUAAGGAUGCCAUCUACCGCAACCUGGAAUGGGGAGCUGAUACCGAGUCACGUAUCGCCCUGGUAGGACCCAACGGUGCAGGUAAAUCCACGCUGUUGAAGCUCAUGAGCGGCGAGCUGUCUCCAACGGCCGGGACUAUAUCCCGACACACCCACCUGAAGAUUGGCAAAUACAGUCAGCAUUCCGCGGAUCAACUUGACCUUGAUGCGUCCGCCAUCGACUACCUCCGCAAGACUUUCCAGGACUUGCCACAAGAUCUUCCGUAUUGGCGGCAGCAGAUCGGCAAGUUUGGCCUCACAGGCAACUCCCAGUUGUGUCCUAUUCGUCAGCUAUCAGACGGACAACGUGCGCGUAUCGUUUUCUGCCAGCUCGCUCUCUCCCGACCCAACAUGCUGUUGCUGGAUGAACCGACAAAUCCACUUGAUAUCGAGACUAUUGAUUCAUUGGCUGACGCGAUCAACAACUUUGAUGGAGGAGUGGUUCUUGUUAGUCACGAUUUCAGAUUGAUCAGUCAAGUCGCGCAACAAAUUUGGGUAUGUGAGAACGGAUCCAUGCGUCUCUGGAGUGGAUCGAUUGCAGAGUACAAGCAGCAUUUGCGAAAAGAGGUCACCAAGAACAUGCUAAAGUUUUAGAUUUUUGUUUCUGUUGUAUAUUAUUCGCGCUAGAGCAUUUUGUUAUUUCUUUUGCUUUUGGGGAGAACUAGGGCAUUAUUUUUAUUAUAGAUUGUCGAGUGAUGGAUAGUACCAUGUAGUACUGGUCGUAUUGGUGAAUAUAUUCAGGAAAAAUGAAGAGAGAGAAUAAUAUACAGUUCCUAAGCCUUUGCGCUCAUACCCCAACAGUGCCUUUUCUCAGUCCCUCGAUGCCAGCCUCAUACCCCUCUUUUAAUCCCGCCUCUACCGUCUUUGCUUCAUUCAAAACC